AUGAGCUCCUCGGUAAAACCUCUCACCACCUUUGAGAGCUUCGGUAUCGGAGGACUUGCCGCAUGCACAGCGGUUACACUAUCAAACCCAGCCGAAGUAGCCAAAACCCGUUUACAACUUCAAGGCGAGCUUCAGUCCAAAGGCGCACCCAAGGUUUAUAAGAACGUUUUUGACGUGUUUAUCAAGACAUGGAAGAAUGAAGGGAUCAGAGGCGUACAGAGAGGGCUGGGCCCAGCAUAUGUAUACCAGAUACUUUUGAACGGAUCUCGUCUUGGGUUCUACGAGCCGUUUCGUCGUUCGUUCAACUCUGCCAUUGGCCGGCAGGGCACCGAACAAGUGUUCGCUACAUCUAUCGCAGCAGGGGCUGCCAGUGGCCUAGUAGGAGCCUGUCUGGGGAAUCCCCUUUUUCUAAUCAAGGCUCGAAUGCAAGCGUAUUCGCCAGCACUUCCUGUUGGCGCACAGCACUACUAUCGCAAUUCGUUCGCAGCUUUGGCGGAGAUAUUUAAAGCCGAAGGCCUAAGGGGGUACAUUCGCGGUAUGGACGCGGCCAUUCUACGAACAUGCAUGGGAUCUUCUGUUCAAUUACCGAGCUACAACUGGGCAAAAACGACACUGGUCAAGAAUGGCAUUGCAAGCGCCGAUAGUACAUGGACAUUUUUGGCGAGUAGCACGGUAUCGGGCAUAUGUGUGUGUCUGGUAAUGCAACCUGCAGAUACCGCCCUCACUCGCAUGUAUAACCAACCGACAGUCCCUGGUCCGAACGGUCGAAUGGUUGGCGCCCUAUACAAGAACCCCAUUGACUGUCUGUGGAAGACACUGAAAAUCGAGGGGCCGUUGGCUUGGUACAAAGGUUCCACGGCGCAUUUUCUUCGCAUCGCUCCGCACACAAUCGUGACACUGACAGCCAACGAGAUCUAUAUGGCACUGUACCAAAAGGCCUUUUUAUAG